GAAGACGGGGGGUGGUCGGAGGGGGCGGCGGCACGACGUGGGCGGUGAUGGAGGGGCCGAGUGGAGGACGGGAGGCAGGCACGACGAUAUAUGAGGACCCGCGAGUAGAGGGGACAUGCUUCUUCCUGCGAAGCUGCUUCUCUGACUUUGGGCUAUCACAUUCUACCAUAGGACAACCCUCGCCCGAACAAACCGAACAAGUCUGCCAGGCGCCGGCCGCGUGCGCCUCCCUCAUGGCGUCCUGGAUUCUCACCCCUGCGUUCUGCUCCCAGCGCAGCGCGCGCACGAGGCUGCGAGAACGCGCCCCGCACCCCAGGUGAGACGGCGCAAACGCCUAAUGCAUGGCGCCAGGCGCAUGGCAGGAGAGAGCGGGAGGCGCAUCGCUGCUCGGGGAGAGGCAGUCCCUCUUCUCCUUCAUUUCCAGUUCAUUUGCGCUCCGAACCUCCCUCUCCGCCCCUCUCCCCGCCCUUCUGGCGUUCUGACGUCGUCCACUGGUGUGCGCUCUGGUCACAAGGUUCAAUGUACGCCCCACGGCGCACCCGCGUACUCCCGCUGAAACGGCGCACGACUUGCCAUGAACUCCGUAUCCUUCCUGAAAAGAACGGGGGUGAUGUGCAAUGUGACGGGCGUAUAGCAGUCUGAGUCCAUACCGGGCAGGACGUCGGUGAUGCUCUUCUUCUUUCUUGCUUCAGAACUGAUCAGGUCGAUCGCGACUGUGCG